UCGAACGUCGCGUAGUACGCACGUACCCUGCGUAUUGUCGGCGCCGUAGUCACUCGCGACGUAAACUUUCCCGAAUAAGUUUUAACGGAAGUUUCCGAAGAAAAGUGCGGUGUGCCCUGAAUGAAAUUGGAUGCAAUUUAUGCAGUGCUCUGUGAUCGAAUUAUUACGUGAUUUUGUCAAGUUUGGAAACUGUUAUGUAACGGGACAAUUUAUUUGGAUGACUGGCUGUUAAUUAGUGAAUUAUGAGGUGUCGGAUGAGAUGAGCAGGCGGCGGAGGCGUGGGGCCGGCCGAGUCACAGCAUGGGGUCCGCGUGGCGCACGCGCGCUUUUGUGCUCGCGCUGCUGCUGUUGUGUGAAGAAUACACCGUGACCAGUCUAGAGCUUUUGGAGCUGCGGGUGCCAGCGCACGUUCCACUGGGCACGAGGCCUUCUCUGUCGUGUCGCUGGCAACUGGGCCCCAGCGACAUCCUGUACUCUGUCAAGUGGUACAAGGAUGGCAAGGAGUUCUUUAGACAUGUCCCUAGAGAUGUUGAACCGAGAAGAAAGUUCUUGCUGCCAGGAGUUGAUGUAGAGAACUCGAGUCCUAACGGCUCGAAUGUGACGCUGUACCCGGCAGUCCUGGAGACGGGCGGGCGGUACCGCUGCGAGGUGUCCGGGGAGAGACCGCUGUUCCCCACCGUCUCUGACCACGCGGACAUGACUAUUGUCGCCUUACCCGCGACGGGCCCAAUAAUAACCGGGUCCCGUUUACGGUACCAGAUCGGGGACAGGGUGCAAGUGAACUGCACGUCGGGUCGGUCUCGGCCCGCCACCCGUCUCACGUGGUACAUCAACGGGGAGCCUGCGCCCUCCGCCGCGGUGCUGCCGCCGGAGCACUACCAACACGAUGACGGGCUCGAGACCACCACCAUGGGCCUCGACUUCAAAGUUAAAUCUAAGCAUUUUAGGAAAGGAGACCUUAAGUUAAAAUGUCUCGCAACCAUCGCCACCGUGUACUGGCGGAGCAACGAAGAGAGCGUGCAGGGAGAGAGACUGAAGGGAUACGCGCGCUCCCGCGAGCUGCUCGAAGGUGCGUCGCGCGCCGAUCGCGUGCAAGCGGCGGGCAAGUCGACCGAACGACGAGCGACUUUGCCUCUGAUACUGAUACUAUUAGCACAUUACUCGACUGUACUUCGAAGAUUUUAAAUUAACUGUACAAUACCCUUAAGCUAUGACGUUCAUUUAAAACCUCGGGUACAAUGAUAUUAAAUAAUACACAAAGAAAUCUUACGCUGUAAAUGCGCCAGUGAUACUCGAUAUAAACUGCGUUAUUACGCGCCUUGUACUCGUACUCACUACUGUUAACAAAUUGUUUAAGUAUCGUAGUGUGUGUAUUGGCGAAGGUAUACGGUGCAAAGCCGCGAAUACUAUGUGAAACUAUUCUACACUCGUCCGCGAAUGUAGAGAGGGUAAUAACAAGGCAAUAGAAAUGACGUAGGCGUGGAUGUGUCACAAAAUUGAAAAAAAAAACGAAAUUCCUAAAUCCGAUUGUAUUGUAAGUUUUAAUGAUAUUGCUUAUUUGAUAACAUUUGGAGUAAUUAAUCAUUGUAUAAUACAAAAGCUGAACCAACUUCGAAACUUUAAAAACGGAGAAAUAAUAGGUUUUGUUUAAAAAAAAUUUUAAAGUAAAUGUUAAUUUUAAUACCAAUUUUCUUUUCUUUUAAAACCUUUCUCUGAUAUAACAUUGCUAGCCAAAGACUAGAAAGUGACAAAGUUUAUUCUAAAUAUUAAGCUAGAACUGACCUCAAAAUAACUGUACUUAACAAUUUUUGUUGUGUUCUACACAUGUUUAGAGAGGCGUAAGUAAACAUAAGCUAAGUUAAGCUAUUCUGAAAUAUUACCACGACAAAAAAACGAGUCGAAUUGAAUCCUCCUCUUCAUUUUUUGAAUUCUGUAAAAAAGCAGUGUUCUAUACAUUGUGUAGUGUUAUAUAUUUCAUAUUUCCACACUCCAGAUCCAAGGUAUCCGUCGCUGACACUUCAUAAUAAGAUGGCUACACGACAUUCCUAUUGCCUUUGGACUAUGACUUGCUGAGUGACAAUCACAGGGCGCGCUGGAGUGCUAUUCUGUAACGACGUUAUGUUUAUCUCGCACGUGCGAGUUUCGAAUGCACCUCUAUCUUUCUCUUUCUAUAAUAUCGUGUUAGACAGAGAGAGAUAAAGGUGAAUUCAAAACUCGCACUUGCGAGUAGUACAAAACAUCGUUACAGAAUGAUUUGAAACUGUCUUGUGAUUACUAGCUUAGGAACAGGACACUACGUGUCCUAUUCAAUUCUACAUUGCAAAAGAUCCAGUGUCUCCGAGGGAUGACUGUUUAUGACGUCAAGCAGUUAAAUUAAGGUGUGUCAAUUCUGAUGUCAAAUAAUACACGUUAAGUUUCUUUUUUAUAUUGUGAGGUCACAAUAUGUGGCUAUAGAUAUUGUACAUUCAGGAAACUGCUUGACUUUGGUUGUAAUUCUAUAAGGUGUACAGACAGGCGAGCUUGAGUGAGUAACUAAAGGAACGUCAGCAAAGCAACAAAAAGUUUACUAAUUAUCAUCUGUCUGUCAAUAUUACUCGUACAACUACGCGAUUCUGCUGUCACAGCUUCUUCGCCGGCGAAGACAAGGUCCCCGAUAUCUGACGUCACCCCGACGUGGGCUUUUAACUCACAAUCUCGGGGCCACCCGGACUGAUACAUUUAGGCCAAAACACCAUUCCAAAAGUGCCCACUAAGACGAGGUCCGAGGAGACGCCCUUAAAAAUUCAUUCCGCUCUCUCUUCUUCUGCUUGUGAUCAGGGGAUCCAUCAGGCGAAGCCUUUGCGUUUGCCCAAACCCCCCGGUGACGCCGCUGCUCACAAUUACAAAAGAAACCGUUUAUGUGUGCUAACGUCCCUUUAGUUUACACACAAAGACAUUUUGUGCAGUCAACUUACUACUACACCCAAGGUCAAUCCGUCUUCCUGAGGUAGAAUAACUAUACAAGUUUGUUAAAAGUUUGAAUGUCUAAAGAUCCCAGUACGCAUUCCAAGUUGCAGUACAUAUCCAAAGUGUGAAUAGUGAUAGAUAUUUAAAUGCACAAUUUGUGCACGGAUAAUGCCUAGUUAAAUUAGUCAGGGGAAAAAAGUAUUUAAUUGUAGAUUAAAAUAUUAUAUACUGCGUAAUAUAUAAAUCGUGAUAAGAGUCAUGAAACAUGAUAACACUGAUGUAUGUUCUAUUGUAAAUUUUAACUGUGGAAACUAACAUUUUGAGGUAUCAAUAAACUUAAUGUAUUUAAAUAAUGUAAUAGACCGUAAGCCUGCAUUAGCCAGACAUUCUUUAUUUUUCAAAUACUGAAAAUUUGUCAACCUAUGCCUUUACCGUAGUUAAUAAGUACGGUUGCCAAUAGGGUACUUGAUUCAUAUCAAAUUUAAUAUAAACAAUAUUAAUUUCGCAUAGUAAAUGGAAGAAGGGUCCGAAAUAUAUCGUUAUUAAUAAUUAAAAGUUAAGGAUUUCUUAUAAAACUUAAUAUAAAAAUCAUGUAUUUAUUCAAAUUUUCCACAUUCCUUCAUUCCAAUUUGUGAUUGUGAUCAAAAUAAUUGGUAAUUAAUAUUUUUGUCAAACGCUUUUAAGGGAUUUGUUUGUAAGGGAUGACGUCAUGAAACAGUUGAAAUAUAGACUAUCAGGCGUUUUGGCUCGUAUUGUCAAAAUGUUAUUUAAAAAUGAAAUUUUAAGGUAAUUACGUCUCAAAAAAUUAGUAGAACCAUAAUGUACUAUUUAAGACCAAUUAAAAAAAUGUCAACCAGCCUAUUAUGGAGUUUUGACAGUGGUGACUUUGGAAGGAAGCAGGCUUCAGCUGGCCUAUUCACUAAUUUCGUCUUUAUUAACAACGUAUUAAAAUAAACAUCGAAUCAAAUACCCACUACGUUCCGUAUAUCGAAAAGCUCAUUGUUAACAAAAAUCAUCUAUGAUGAUGCCACAUUACGGGAGUAUAGGAUAGGAAGGAUAGUGAGGCUUGCCACUAUCCUUCCUAUCACGACCACUCUGUCAAGAGUGUAACGACAAAGAAGAAAUACUCUAUAUUGUCAGUAGGCACCGGAUGACAUUUUUUACCUGUAAUCUCAGUUUUGAUUAGUUGGAAUUAAACAAAAAGUAAAUACAAGAUCACUUGCUUGACUUAAGAAUUAGGUACUAAUAAUAAUAGCUAUUUGGUAAAUUUCGCAUAAAUGUUGACUAAUGUACGACAAAGUUAGUGAUUCACUCAAUUUCCUGUAACCCUUUGAUUCCUAAAUGCUUUGAUUAUUUCUACGAGAUAUCAUAAGGAAUCAUGUCUCCAGUUGCCCCUUUAAAUGAGACCCUAAAAAUUGUAACUUUGACAGUGUUUUUCGAAGAGUUGUCGCGAAACUAGGCGACUGGCGACCGAGGAAAUGAUUCCUUCUAUUACGUCGAGGAAAACGUUAAAAAAUAUACGUUAUAUUUGUACGGUUGAUGGUCCUUGAAACCUUCUACCUUGAAAAGCCGUCGUGUCUUUUGUUCAAAUUCUAUAAUUGGUUACCGUAUUUACUAUAGUGAUGAAUGAAUGAGGAAUGUCAGAAUGUUCUAAUCAGGAAUGUCUGGCUAUCGCUGGCCCUUAGUCCAUAAUGCUCCCACACAGAAAUAUAUUACACGUUGUAAAUGUUGUAAAAGAAUAAUCAGGAUCAAAUUAAAAACUACAUGCUUUAAGAAUAUUAUGGAAAAUGUUGUUAAUAUAUGCCAAUUUUAAAAAAAUAUCACAGAAAUUAAACGUAUAAUUUUACUUGAACGUUUCAUUAUUAAAUUAUAAAAGAAAGUAUCUUUUUUUUUAAAUAUUAUUUUGGAAAACCUUAUAAAUCGUGUGAGGGAAAACAUUAUUGAACAAUACAAUGCAACCAUUUGUCAAUGUAUAAUAUGUGUAAAAUAUAUUUAUUGUAAUUUAGCAUUAAGUUUGAUUUUCCAAAAAUUAUGUUACUUGAUGACUAGCCUUAAGCUCGCUCGAACACAGUCGACCCUGAGUAAGUAUGUUCAAUAAAAUAGAAACAAAUUAGGAUCUAAAUUAAAAAUAAAUUAAAUUAACUAUGUUAACUCGUGUCUUAUGAGACGUAAUAGCCUAGUGGAGACCUCUGCCUUCGAUUUUGAAGGCGUAGGUUGGAAUCCGGUCCGGAGCAUGCUCUUCCAACUUUUCAGUUCUGUGCAUUUUAAGAAAUUAAAUAUCACGUGUCACAAACGGUGAAGGUGAACAUCGUAAGGUAAAUCAACCUGCAUAACCGAGAAAUAUUUUAGUUCUGUACAUGUGUGAAGUCUGUCAAUCCGCAUUGGGCCACCGUGGUGGACUAAGGCCUAAUCCCUCUCAUUCUGAGAGGAGGCUCGUGCUCAACAGUGCUACACUAAAAACGACAAAAACAUUCUGAGAAUAUCCGUCUUCUAAGCAUUUGCCAAACCGAAUUCAAUUGACCCAAAUCUUAAAUUUAAAAAAGCUUGAUGCUUAGGCGCUACACAAAAAACGUCAAAAAACAUUAUAAGUCAAAUAUCCGUCUUCGAAGAUUUGAUCAAACUAAAUGAAAUUGACCCAAAUCUUAAACUUACAAAGGUCAAAGAGCUUUAUGCUUCGGAGCUACACCAAAACUGUCAAAAAACAUUAAAAGUCGAAUAUCCGCCUUCGAAGCAUUAGCAAAACUGAAUGAAAUUGUCCAAUUUAUUAAACGGAUAGUGACUGAGGAUAAGAAAUGGGUCACAUACGACAAGAUUGUGCAAAGCUUGGUAACGGCCAGAGCUGGCAAAAGAAUAAGUAUCGUUUUCCAUCAGGACAACGCCAAGUCACACACGACUAUGACUCGGCAAAAACUUUGUGAGCUUAGUUGAAAAGUUUUGAUGCAUUUACCGUAUAAACUUGCCCUGGUGCGCAAUUACCAUAUUUUUCUUGCAUCGCAAUACUUUCUUAGUGAUAAAAAUUGCCUUCAAUAGAAGACUAUGAAAAUCAAUAAAUAAUAAGAGGUUUUUACUAAUAUUUAUACGACAGAGACCUUAUAAAGGACCUUAAAAAACCUAUUCAUAAAAUAGAAACAAGUUAAGGAAUGAAAUGGUGUAUUUAAAUCUAAUCGGGCAAUCCAAACCCCGCUAAAUAACGUCUCGAAUUGCUAAUCACUAUUGCGAAUUCCUCUUAUGACGUUGACAUCGUGACAAUGCUUCCAACACACAAUAGUUAUCAUUGAUAUACGUUAACGGAAAAGUGCUUAUAUCAAUGGAAGUUAUAUUUUUCGUAGUUUAAUGAAAUAAACGACUAUACUUUAAACAUAAUACGGGUGAUUGCACUUGGUCAUUUGCCAAAUAACUUUACCCAACUCGGGUAAUGUUUUCAUUACAUUUGUUACCAUUCUGUUCCGUAAGAUUUUACCAGUUUUUACGCAUAGUUAUGCCGGAAUAGCAAAUAACUUAACCAUAUGGAUUUGUGAAGAACUAACCACGACCGAAGCCAACUUUCUGCAAUGGGCGAUCUGCAUAUUAUUCUCAUUUAUAAAUAUAAAACAUUGCUGUUGUUUUGUUCCGCUAAUACAUGAAAACGGAUAGACAGAUGUGUUUUUUGUUUUAUUGGUAAAUAAGCAGGUGUGGUACAAAACAAAGAAAUAUGUAAAAGCUUGUAACAAUCUGAAUAAUUAUUAUUAGUUAACUAAUGAAGGAGGGGCCUAACCCCUCUCAUUCUGAGAGGAGACUCGAGCUCAACAAUGAGCCGAAUAUGGGUUGUUAACGCAGUAAGGAAACGGUUUUUAUGUAUACCUACUAUUUUUUUUUUAUUAUUUUAGAAUUUUGACUUACAAAUUUGCCAAAACUGCCAACGCUACGGCAAUCUAAAAUAAUAAACGACGAAAUUAUUACCAGCGGACGCCCGCGACUUCGUUCGCGUAAUAUCUGUAUUUUUAGUCCGUGGAUUAUUCCGGCAAAAAGCCUACGUUCUGCUCCAAGGUGCCCUUUAUCUCUAUAUCAAAUUUCGUUUAAAUCGGUUCAGCGGCUUAGUCGUGAAAAGGUAACAGACAGACUUCUGCAUUUAUAAAAUUAGUAUAGAUUUCCUUACUGGACAACGGUGCUACGAGUAACUUGGGAGUUACAAUAAUUAAAAACGACACUGACAACUCUAUGCUUUUCCCAGCGACGGGACGGAAAAGUAUUAUUUUAAAAUAGCUUAGGAUAACCUGUCCGUCUGAAUUAGCACAAUAUAAGAAUAUCUUUAUAAAUUUCUUAUAAUAUUAUUGUUUGUCCAAAAAUUGUGUUAUUUAGGAUUUGAUACUUUGGGGUAUAAAAUAACUACAAUAGAUAAAGACAGACCUACGGAUUUUUUUUUCUGAUUGUGUAAGUGCCGUAGACUGUGACCGGGGAGUUUGGGCGGCAGAGUAGAUGGGCAGAACGACUCUAAGGGCGUCUCCUCUGAGACUCGGACCUCGGCUUAUACCGACAGAAAUGUUGAAUUUUAAUUUUAAGGGACUGAUUUGUAACUUUUAACACUAAUAAGUCACAUGAAUUAUAUAAAAAAUGUGUUACCUAGUAUAUGAAUAUGACAAAAUAAAUCAAUUAACAUCUUCUUUGCGGCUUUCACUUGUGGCAACUGGGCACAAAUUAGCUCUCCAUAGUGUCACGUAUAAUGAAUAUUAUGUUUGUUUAUGAUAAAUCAAUGAUUAGCCACAUUCAUAUUUCUUGACGAACCGACAGAGGAGAGUUAUGCUUUUCAAGCCUAGGUACCUAUGUAGGUAUGUAUGUUCCUUUAGCACGCUCUGUAACCGAAACCUCGAUAACGCCGCUGAGGUCCAAAAGGAUCCUAUGGCACUUACACAAUUAGAAAAAAACUACAGCCAAAAUUUAGCGGAUUUCAACGUGAACGUAUGGUUUCAGUUUUGGGAAUGGCGUAAAGUUUUCCGAGUUAUCUACCUAAUAUAUUUUACAUAAUUUUUAUAUAAUUUUAUAAAUAGCAAUUUAAAUUUGUAUUUUUAGUAAGGAUCUACAUUAAAGGUUUGUCGUCUUUGAAAGAAUAGAAAGACAGAAAUACUUUUUAAUUUUUAAUUUCGUGUGUAAUCGAUUAUUCACAUCACAGCGAUCCAAAGAUAUAAUUUUAUUUAUUGCCAAAGCUAUAUUUACCAUUGUCGUGUAAACCGAAACGUUUUAAUAAUACAAUUAUGCGGUUUGUACGUACUAUAUUAAAUUUGUUUGACAAGUAAAUUUGAAUAACGUAUUUUAAUAUUGCAUGCCACCACAAUUUAUCGCUGCUUUAAUAUGCAGAUGAACGUACAAAAUAUGGCUUAAUGAUUUUAUGCCACAAGUAGGUAUAUUGUUGGAGUUAUUUUAAAAUUGCGUACUGACAUAAUUUUUGUUUGUUAUGUAAAUGAGAAAUAAAUAUCAGACUGAUGAUGAUUCGGAGUCAAUUAAAAAAAAGUAAAAAUGGCAUAACUUUCUAAAGCCUAUCAUCAACUACGUGUAGUAUCGUACUUGAGUUUAAGGGUGCUUUUCCACCAGAGAUAUGCUAUGCAGCUAUGCUGUAAAGAUGUGAAAUCUACGCUACGAAAAUAUGUGACCGUUUCCACCAAUACUGAGCUAUGUAGCUGUGCGAGGAAGAUGCGCAGCUCAAGCUACGAGUAUGUCAAUGUAUCGCAGGCAUCCAUAGCAUGCAUUCAUAGCACGCAUCUUGCCAUAUAAAAAAACAUAUCUUAGUUAAAUCCGUUUCCACCAGUGCUAAGCUAUGCGCACUAAUAUGGUUAAUGAAGAUUGGUGGAUAUCAAAUGCAUCCAUAGCAACGUAGCAUAGCACAUCUCUGGUGGAAAAGUACCCUAAUGACGGGGCGAUACUACAAAUAAUGCAUUUAUAAACACGUUGAUAAAUAUGAAUUAUAAUUUGUAUACCUACUUACAAUAAAUGCAAAAAAUAUAUUGCAAUAGUCCACAAAAUCUAAUUAAAUAUUACAACUCUAAUUAUAUAUUACUUUUCUCUCUAAAUUUCGCACGAAAAUACAUUUAAUCAUUUCAGAGAUAUAAAAAUAACAUGUCAGCAAAGGUUAUAAAAUAUGUACUCAUAUGUGCCAAAUUUCAUACAUAUCCGUCUUUCUACUUUCGGAAAAUUCAAAACGCAUCGAUAAUAAUAAUUAUAGUCACUUAAAAUCAAAUUAACCGGUGGCUAUUGAAGUGUUAAAUUAGUUUAAUUUCAUGAACGAGUCAUGUACAAGUAGGUACCUGAGUAUUAUACGAGUACUUCAUUGUAUAUCAACAAUAAAUUUGAUAUAACUGAACGGUAAAGGAUUUCUUUGAAUGGCCCACUUCGCCUAGAUAUCACUUUGUUAUGUCAGGGCAUCUUGAUAAACCCACGUCAACUUAUCCCCUAGGAAUACCUAUCUGAGAUAACAUCUCACAUAUCUCGGUUUGCUCUAUUUAAGGGUUAUCCAUCAACUUCCACAAGAAAUUAAGAUUCAGCGUUUAUAUACUAUAUAAACUACUCCCUCUAACUUAACACGCUUUCGUUUUUCUACAUUACAAUACUUUAAACAUCAGUAGCGUUAUUUUGUAUGAGUUUUAUAACUUGACAGUGAAUCUGGAAUUCUCUUUCAGCACGGCUAUUCUCUAACGAUGUUUUUUUUAUAACUCGCAAGUACAAGAUUCGAAUUCACCGCUAUCUUUCUCAUUCUAUAGUAUCGUGUUAAACAGAGAGAGAUAGGAGCUAAUUCGAAACUCGCACUUGCGAGUUAUAAAAAUAUCAUUACAAAAUAGUCUAGCUGAUACUGUCUAUGUCUAACACCAUACCUACUAUAGAAAGAGACGAAUUCGAGACACACUGUUGAGUUAUAAAAACAUUGUUACAGCGCGUAGCGUGAAGCGCUUCAGCACAGAAUACAUAUUACAAAAAGUUAUAGAUCUCGGUAAGAAAGUUGAACCAAAAUAACGCUCAUCUGUGCAGGUACAAUUAUAAAGAAAAGUUUUGAACACACGCUCUGUGGUUGCCGAGAAAAUUAAAAAAUCUUAAACCUAUUAUUUUUUAAAUAACAGUUGUGUGCAAUGUAAUAAGAAAAUAAAUAAAAAAUAUAAUAAGAAAAAUUUAAUACAACAAAUAAAAGUUAAUGUACGUACUUGUACAUAUUGUUAAUUGUUGGGGUUUGGUGAUUUACAAGUAGAAUAUCACCUGAUGACUCUGCUCCGACUAUAAUCAAAUCUUCAAUACUUUUAUUUUCUGUAGAAUUAUGCUAACUGUUUAUAUAGAGUACAGACAUUUUGUAGCUUCCUAUGUUUUAUCAUAGAAUCAGUUAUUUUCUUUCAAAAAAUAAACAUAAAUAUGACACUAUCCUUCUUACUCACUAUAGUUAGUUGUGAUCAUUUCAGUAUCUUGAAAUUGAUUUAAAAAAAAUUUUGAGUGCUUAAUGAAAUGUAAAAAAAAUUAAAAAUUUCGUACACGACUGUAAUGGCAAAUUGAUACCCAAAAAUGAGGACUUAACUGCGCAUAGGUCAUUUUAUAUGCCGCUACCUAUACUUUGUUUUGGGGCUGGUGCGUUAUGCCAGAGUAAAUAUACUACGAUUGCAGUAGAUACAGUCUAACUAAGCUACGAAAAAUACUUCGUUCUAAUUAUUAUUGCAUCCGUUUAUCUUGUCAUUGUUUAUUCAUUUGAUACUCUUUACACCCUUUCCUGCGAACACUGGAGUAAUAUAUACUUUAUUAGUUAGUAUAUGGGAUAAGAGUGAGAAGAUGUACAGGAAAAAAAAUUGCGGUUACUUAAUUAUUAUACACGUUAGCGACUUCGAAGUUUUAAUAAAAAACAUCUAUAUUAAUAUUAUAAAGCUGAAAAGUUUGUUUGUUUGGUUGAAUGCGCUUAUCUCUGGAACAGUGUCAGAUAGCCCAUUUAUCGAGGAAGGUUGUAUAUAUUCCGCGUAAUUCUACGGGAACGGGGACUACGCGGGUGAAACCGCAUGGCGUCAGUAUAUUAUAAAAUACUUAAAAUAUGCAUUAUUACAUGAGGAAGGUAUUGUAAAUUAAAUGAAUAUUUUUAUUAAAAUUUAAGAGCAAAUUGAAUAUAUGCCAAAUAAUAAUUUGUGUUACCUGUAUUUAUCUUCAGAAUUCACUUCGUACUGAAGAGACUGCAUGCAUACUCUUAUUUAAAGCCAGAGCGAUUAAUUGAAUAUAAAUAAAAUAUUCAUUGCAUGUGGUCUUUUGUAGUGACCAGAUAUAUUAUGUAACAGAAAUUAAAUUAAGUGUAUUUUCGUUGACUGUGUUUUAAUUUAGCAAAAAUCUUAUAAUAUUCUCUGUAUAAUUUACAAACGUAAUAAAUAUGUUUGAGUAUAUAUCUAGACUUUUAUAUAUUGCUUGCAUUUACUUGCAAUGUUUAUGUAUAUAGAAAUAAAGAAGUACAUUGAUAGAGAAAAAUAUAUAAUGUUUAUCAGAUAUCGUGUAACCCAAUAUAUUGUUUGUAAGUAAAACAAAAAUUACUAAGCUGUGACUUUCUUACGAAAAAUAGUUAGAUGUAUAAUAUUUUCAAAUGUAAUUUUUUUCAAUAUACUUUAACAUUGUAUAUAAAAAAUACAAAAUAGAAGACUAAACGUUGGCCAUACUGCAUAAAAGAGUUUAUGAACAAUAUAAAAAUUUUAGAUGGUUAAAAAGAUUACGGACAUUACGAGCGACUGUGGUAGGCACAUUGAUUAAAAUAAGUUAAUUAAAGUUUUAUGCACGCUUAACUUUUGCGUCUCAGUAUUAAUAAACAAAAUAUGCUGUUUUAUUUUCCGUAAUUUAUUACUUGAGAUGUAUCUCUGUCGUGACUGUAAUACCUAAUUAGUUGACAUUACGCUAGCUUCAUGUGUGUUAUGAAAACAUGUUUUAAGGUAAAAAUUAAAAUUGUUGCUUAUUGUUAUAAAAUAUUAGUAAAUAAGUAAAAAAAGGAAAAAUGUAAAUAAUGAGUAAAGUAGCUCAAAGUAACGGAAUAUACUAUAUUAUCUGAAUUAAAAA